CAAGACUAUCCACUGAUAAGAACUACAUCAAUUCUACCGUCUUACUACCAUGCACCCUGAAUUCUCCGCACAUCCCCCGCAACGCCCGACUCUCAAGCGCCCGGCCGCUAUUCCGUCGGUCCGGAUCAGACGCUGGUCCAUCCCCCUCCUCGCCAUUGCAGCCGGCGCCUACGGAAUCGCCCAGUACGGGGCGAUGCAGUCUAACUCGCCGUACCGGGUCUCCAGCCAACUAGCCGAGGAGGAGCGUCUCCGCAAGAACCAGCAGCUCAUGGACGCCUACGGGUACAAAGACAACGUGGAGGAUCUGCAGAAGGCCCUGGAGGCAUACGAGGUCCAAUGAUGCGGGCUCAUCGCGUCGACGAAAGCGCUUUUUGAUAUUAUGUGGCGUUGGCAUCGGGUUGGAGUUAUGUUUGGUUGCUGAUUGAAUUGAAUCGCUCGGCGUCCGGAGUAUUUACUGUCGUCAUCGGUUUCUGCAUCGCUUCAACAGAAUGUCGGUACUAUUUGAUGCCUUUUGUUCUCUUUACGACUCAUGAUGAAUAUAUAUAUAUUUAUAUAUAUAUAUCUAUGUAUAUCUAUAUAUAUUGAAAUUUAUAUGUUAAUUUACGUUAUC